UCGAGAAUUUUCCCGAGAAACAAACGGAAAAUCUCUCCAUGGCUCGCUCUUUCUCCGCCGUCAAGAUCGCGUCGGCUCUCGUCUCCGAUGGACUCUCCAACACUCUCUUCCGACGUGGGUAUGCGGCGGCGGCACCACAAAGCGUUGCGGCAAGAAUUGGCGCCAAGACGGUAAAAAGUACAGAGAAGGAGUCGUGGGUCCCAGACCCGGUCACCGGCUACUACCGGCCGGAGAAUUGCGCCGCCGAGAUCGACGCCGCGGACCUCCGCGCUAUGCUUCUGAAGGCGACAAGGAAGUAAAAAUGAGUUGAAAAGCUUGGAGUGAUGUCGAGGAGAGCCAAUCUUGGUUACGCUGCUGGGCUAUUGACUAUUAUUUGAAAAGUUUCUAUAUAUAAUUUUUUAAAAUUAUUUCAUAAAAAUAAAUAAAUAAAUAAAUAAUGUUCUUUAGUGUCUCGAGUACUAAUCGCAGCUCAUAACCAUUCAGUCAUGUUAACCUUGCAACCUUAGUGAUUCUCGAUAGCCAGUUGUAUCAUCUUGACUUGAAAUCCAUAAGAUAGAAGAUGUUAUUUGUUGAUUUUAA